AUCAUUACCAGAAUCAUUUGAUAUGCAAUUAAAUGAAAUUGAAAGUGAAAAUGAAAUUGAAGAAAAUAAUGAGAAAAAUAACACUGAUAAAUUAGAAUGUAAAUCCUGCAAGAAUUGUGUUGUAUGCUGCUAUAAUGUUCUUAUAAAAUAUAAUUUAUAUAGUAAUGCAUAUCAUUGCUUGACCAUGGCUUAUCAAUACUUAUUGACAUUGCCGUGUACUCAAGUAGCAUGCGAAAGAUCAUUUUCUCUGUUGAAAAUAAUUAAAACUCGCCUGAGAAAUUCAAUGGGUGAAGAUAAAUUGGACGCAUUUAUGAUGAUGGCAGUCGAAAAAAAUGUUUUAUUUAGGCCCCCUUUUGGACCGUCUAGGCUCCGGGCCCCGGUGCAAUGCACACUUAUGCAACCAUGUAGUUACGCCACUGACAAUUGUAUGUCUCAUAAAUAA